AACAGCUCACAUUAGCUCUUGAGGAUGGAUCUUGUCUCCAUGGGGACUGUGAGGAUGUCCCAGAUGUGGAUGCUGCGAUGGGUCGUCCUGUUGGUCGGGCUGCAGUCCGUACGCACAGACUUUAUGGGAGAUUAUGGAGACGGUAUGAACAAUCCUAUGGACUUUACCUGGCCGCCAACAACAACACCAGUUUUACAGUUAUAAACUUUCUCUCUUGAUUCAGUUGAACCGAAUCCUGAUCAUCAGUCCACGAUCUGCAGCACAUGGGGAAAUUUCCACUUCAAGACAUUUGAUGGCAAUUUCUUUCAAGUGCCAGACACGUGCAACUACGUUCUGGCGGUGAUGUGUGACAGCACAACUUCUGACUUUAACAUCCAAAUGCAAAGAGAGACUGUGAAUGACUCGAUCACUUUUAGCACAGUCACAAUAAAGCUGGAGGGGACAGUCAUCAAAAUCACUAAUGGCAACAUCACUAUGGACGAUCAAGCCGUGUCUGUUCCAAUCAAUCAGAAUGGACUUAAAAUCGAGGGAAGUCAAACAAGUAUUAAGAUCUCCAAAUAUGGAUUGACUGUCUUUUGGGAAGAGGACAACUCUAUAUUGAUUGAACUUGCAGAGAAGUACCGAGGUCAGACCUGUGGACUCUGUGGAAACUACAACGGCAACAAGAAUGAUGAUAUUCCUGAAAACGGUCCGGCCGCAUGGAAGGUGUCCACACCAACUGAAUCCUGCGAGGACGUUAUACUUCCACCCAGGGAUAAGUGCGACCAGCAAGCAAGUGUUUGCCAGCAGUAUCUCAGCAGUCCAGGGUUUAGCGACUGUUACAAUGUGAUGGACAUGGGUUCAUUUGAAGAAGCCUGUGUGAACGACCUGUGUCAAUGUUACCGCAAUCACGACUGUCUCUGCAACACACUCACGGAGAUUUCACGACAGUGCACACAUGCUGGAGGAAAUCCAGGAACAUGGAGGACAGAGCAGCUCUGCCCAAAGACAUGUCCUCUGAACAUGCAAUACCUGGAGUGUGGAAGUCCGUGCAAGAACACCUGCAAAGAUCCAAACGCAAGUCUAAUGUGUAACGAACACUGUGUGGACGGCUGUUUCUGCCCUGAAGGCACCGUGGAAGACGACAUUGGUCAGAGUGGAUGUGUUCCUGUGAACCAGUGCCCAUGUGAUCACGAUGGCACAGUAUAUCAAUCAGGAGAGUCUUACAAACAAGCUUGUAAAAAAUGUGUGUGUGACGCGGGACACUGGACCUGUACACACCGGGAAUGUCCCGGAAUCUGCUCUGUUGUGGGAGGGUCUCACGUCACCACUUAUGAUGGAAAGAGCUUCACCUUCAGCGGGAACUGUGACUACAUCCUCACUAAGCACUCUAAUGACAGUGAUAUUGCUGUCGUGGGAAAUCUGGUAAAGUGUGAUCCGGCCGAUGACAGACACAUGACAGACACAUGUCUAAAUUCAGUGACCCUUGUCAUCUCGGGGACAACUAUUCGUUUUUCCUCCAGUGGAGAUGUCACACUAAAUGGAAACAGCCCAUUAAAGCUUCCUGCUACCGAAGGUCCUGUGAGCAUCUUCCAGCCCUCCUCCUCCUUCAUUAUUGCUGAUAUGAAGAGUCUUCGUCUAGAGAUCCAGUUGGCUCCAGUCAUGCAGUUGUAUAUUGUAGCCAGCACUGAAGAGAAAGGAAAAAUGAGUGGUCUCUGUGGAAACUAUAAUGAUGUCCAAACAGACGACUUUAAAACAGAAUCAGGCAUCAUAGAGGGCACUCCAAUAACUUUUGUCAACUUUUGGAAGAAAAACCCAUACAGCUGUCCAGAUCUUGAAAACACUUUUGACAACCCCUGUAGUCUGAGUGUGGACACAGAGAAACUUGCUAAAGACUGGUGUUCCCGUCUCACAAACCCAAAUGGCACCUUCUCCCAAUGUCAUUCAGAAAUAUGUCCUGAGAUUUACUACCAAUGGUGCGUCUAUGACACCUGCAAAUGUUCAGAUAUUAGGAAGUGUAUGUGUGCGGCCGUGUCCACUUAUGCCCACGCGUGUGCUGCCAAAGGAGUCAUUCUCCAGGGCUGGAUGGAUUCAGACCCCUGUGUAUCCGAGUGUCCAGAAAACAUGAAGUACUCCUACGAUGUGAAAAGCUGUGGAAGCACCUGCCGUUCUCUCAGUGGUGAAGAUAACACCUGCCAAGGGUCCUUCACACCUGUAGACGGCUGUGUCUGUACUGAGGGAACACACCUUAAUGAAGACGGCAGCUGUGUACAUGCUGACCAGUGUCCUUGUUACAAAGGCGACAAGGUCAUAGAGCCAUCAGGAGUAUCCCACAUAGAUGGUGUAGCAUGCACCUGUAACCUUGGCAAAUUGCAUUGCUCCAGUCCAGAAGACUGUGUGGCUCCGAUGGUCUUCUUCAAAUGCUCAAAUUAUGAACCUGGAAAAAAAGGAACAGAAUGUCAAAGGACAUGUCAAAACCAAGACCUAAACAAUUGCGUGAGCACAGGGUGUGUAUCAGGGUGUAUGUGUCCAGAUUACCUUCUAGCUGAUGGCAAUGGUGGGUGUGUGGAGAGGGAAAAAUGUAAUUGUACCCACAAUGGAGUCUCCUAUUCUCCUGGGGACCAAGUUCAGCAGGACUGUAACACCUGCACAUGCAUAAACGGGAUGUGGAAUUGUACAGAUAAAGAGUGUUAUGGCACCUGUACCAUCUUUGGCGACGGUCAUUUCAUGACUUUUGAUGGCAGGAAAUAUUCUUUCCACGGAGACUGUGAACACAUCUUAGCCCACGAUUACUGCAAUAAAGACCAGAGUCCAUAUUCUUUACGCCUGGUCACAGAGAACAUUCCCUGUGGUGGCAGCAGCACCAUUUGCUCCAAGUCCAUCAAUCUCUUUUUUGGGAGAUACAAGAUGACUUUAUCCCAGGAGAAUGGGAUUAAAGUUGUUGAAAGCAAUGGCACUGAAUACCAAUAUCAAAUCCAUACUGCUGGGAUAUACAAUGUCAUAGAGGUCAAAGGUCUUUUGAACUUAAUCUGGGACAAUAAAACGAGUCUGAUGCUCCAACUCCAUCCUAAAUUUAAGGGCAAGGUGUGUGGACUGUGUGGAAACUUUGAUGGUAAUGCGAACAAUGACUUUGUAAAGCAUGAUGGAGAAGAGGUCACUGAUGCAGUGGCAUUUGGGAAUAGUUGGAAGGUGAAUCCCAGCUGCCCAGAAAUGAGUAACUUGAUGAACCCAUGUGAAAAAAAUCCACAUCGGAGUGCCUGGGCUAUCAAGCAAUGCAGCAUCAUCACAAGCCCUGUCUUUACAGACUGCCAUUCAAGUGUGGACUCUGGCCCAUACUAUGAUGCCUGUGUAAGGGACACCUGUGCAUGUGACAGCGGAGGUGACUGUGAUUGUUUCUGUACUGCAGUGGCAGCUUAUGCUGCUGAAUGCCGUAAAAAAGGAGCUUGUGUAGCAUGGCGCAGUCCAGACAUUUGCCCUUUAUUCUGUGAGUACUACAACAACCCUCAAAAGGAAUGUGAGUGGCACUACAAAACCUGUGGAUCGACCUGCAUGAAAACUUGCAGAAACCCAGCAGGAACCUGCUCUAAUCAAAUUCCUCUCCUGGAGGGGUGUUUUCCUCAGUGCCCUUCAGACAGGCCAUUUUUGAGGGAGGACACCAGGAAAUGUGUUACAGAGGCAGAAUGUCUUUCUCUGUGUACCUAUGAUGGGAAGAUAUAUACUACUGGAGAAGUGGUGUACGAUACCACAGAUGGGAAUGGAACAUGUUUUACUGCUCUAUGUGGAUCUAAUGGCAUGAUAAUAAGAACUAUUAGAAAAUGCAUGACAACAACUAUGCCAUUCACUUUCACAACUCCACCACAAACUACUAAAACAACCACAGGAACAGAAACACCAUCAACAGCUACUACAACUGCUGUUCCACCAACACCUACAUCACCUGGAAUUACUACUGCUGUUACUGCUGAAACACCAUCUACAGAAUCUCCACCUCCCACAGGAACAGAAACACCAUCAACAGCUACAACAACUGCUGCUCCACCGACACCUACAUCACCUGGAGGUACUACUGCUGUUACUGCUGAAACACCAUCUACAGAAUCUCCACCUCCCACAGGAACAGAAACACCAUCAACAGCUACAACAACUGCUGCUCCACCGACACCAACAGCACCUGAAAUUUCUACUACUGCUGUUACUGCUCAAACACCAUCUACAGAAUCUCCACCUCCCACAGGAACAGAAACACCAUCAACAGCUACUACAACUGCUGUUCCACCAACACCUACAUCACCUGGAAUUACUACUGCUGUUACUGCUGAAACACCAUCUACAGAAUCUCCACCUCCCACAGGAACAGAAACACCAUCAAUAGCUACAACAACUGCUGCUCCACCGACACCAACAGCACCUGAAAUUUCUACUACUGCUGUUACUGCUCAAACACGAUUGAUCGAAACAUCACCUCCCACAGAAACAGAAACGCCAUCAACAGCUACUACAACUGCUGUUCCACCAACACCUACAUCACAUGGAAUUACUACUGCUGUUACUGCUGAAACACCAUCUACAGAAUCUCCACCUCCCACAGGAACAGAAACACCAUCAACAGCAACAACAACUGCUGCUCCACCGACACCAACAGCACCUGAAAUUUCUACUACUGCUGUUACUGCUCAAACACCAUCUACAGAAUCUCCACCUCCCACAGGAACAGAAACGCCAUCAACAGCUACUACAACUGCUGUUCCACCAACACCUACAUCACCUGGAAUUACUACUGCUGUAACUGCUGAAACACCAUCUACAGAAUCUCCACCUCCCACAGGAACAGAAACACCAUCAACAGCUACAACAACUGCUGCUCCACCGACACCAACAGCACCUGAAAUUUCUACUACUGCUGUUACUGCUCAAACACCAUCUACAGAAUCUCCACCUCCCACAGGAACAGAAACGCCAUCAACAGCUACUACAACUGCUGUUCCACUAACACCUACAUCACCUGGAAUUACUACUGCUGUUACUGCUGAAACACCAUCUACAGAAUCUCCACCUCCCACAGGAACAGAAACACCAUCAACAGCUACAACAACUGCUGCUCCACCGACACCAACAGCACCUGAAAUUUCUACUACUGCUGUUACUGCUCAAACACCAUCUACAGAAUCUCCACCUCCCACAGGAACAGAAACGCCAUCAACAGCUACUACAACUGCUGUUCCACCAACACCUACAUCACCUGGCAUUACUACUGCUGUUACUGCUGAAACACCAUCUACAGAAUCUCCACCUCCCACAGGAACAGAAACACCAUCAACAGCUACAACAACUGCUGCUCCACCGACACCAACAGCACCUGAAAUUUCUACUACUGCUGUUACUGCUCAAACACGAUUGAUCGAAACAUCACCUCCCACAGGAACAGAAACGCCAUCAACAGCUACUACAACUGCUGUUCCACCAACACCUACAGCACCUGGCAUUACUACUGCUGUUACUGCUGAAACACCAUCUACAGAAUCUCCACCUUCCACAGGAACAGAAACACCAUCAACAGCUACAACAACUGCUGCUCCACCGACACCAACAGCACCUGAAAUUUCUACUACUGCGGUUACUGCUCAAACACCAUCUACAGAAUCUCCACCUCCCAUAGGAACAGAAACGCCAUCAACAGCUACUACAACUGCUGUUCCACCAACACCUACAUCACCUGGCAUUACUACUGCUGUUACUGCUGAAACACCAUCUACAGAAUCUCCACCUCCCACAGGAACAGAAACACCAUCAACAGCUACAACAACUGCUGCUCCACCGACACCAACAGCACCUGAAAUUUCUACUACUGCUGUUACUGCUCAAACACCAUCUACAGAAUCUCCACCUCCCACAGAAACAGAAACACCAUCAACAGCUACUACAACUGCUGUUCCACCAACACCUACAUCACCUGGAAUUACUACUGCUGUAACUGCUGAAACACCAUCUACAGAAUCUCCACCUCCCACAGGAACAGAAACACCAUCAACAGCUACAACAACUGCUGCUCCACCGACACCAACAGCACCUGAAAUUUCUACUACUGCUGUUACUGCUCAAACACCAUCUACAGAAUCUCCACCUCCCACAGGAACAGAAACGCCAUCAACAGCUACUACAACUGCUGUUCCACCAACACCUACAUCACCUGGAAUUACUACUGCUGUUACUGCUGAAACACCAUCUACAGAAUCUCCACCUCCCACAGGAACAGAAACACCAUCAACAGCUACAACAUCUGCUGCUCCACCGACACCGACACCACCUGAAAUUUCUACUACUGCUGUUACUGCUCAAACACGAUUGAUCGAAACAUCGCCUCCCACAGGAACAGAAACGCCAUCAACAGCUACUACAACUGCUGUUCCACCAACACCUACAUCACCUGGAAUUACUACUGCUGUUACUGCUGAAACACCAUCUACAGAAUCUCCACCUCCCACAGGAACAGAAACACCAUCAACAGCUACAACAACUGCUGCUCCACCGACACCAACAGCAGCUGAAAUUUCUACUACUGCUGUUACUGCUCAAACACCAUCUACAGAAUCUCCACCUCCCACAGGAACAGAAACGCCAACGACAGCUACUACAACUGCUGUUCCACCAACACCUACAUCACCUGGAAUUACUACUGCUGUAACUGCUGAAACACCAUCUACAGAAUCUCCACCUCCCACAGGAACAGAAACACCAUCAACAGCUACUACAACUGCUGCUCCACCGACACCAACAGCACCUGAAAUUUCUACUACUGCUGUUACUGCUCAAACACCAUCUACAGAAUCUCCACCUCCCACAGGAACAGAAACGCCAUCAACAGCUACUACAACUGCUGUUCCACCAACACCUACAUCACCUGGAAUUACUACUGCUGUUACUGCUGAAACACCAUCUACAGAAUCUCCACCUCCCACAGGAACAGAAACACCAUCAACAGCUACAACAACUGCUGCUCCACCGACACCAACAGCACCUGAAAUUUCUACUACUGCUGUUACUGCUCAAACACCAUCUACAGAAUCUCCACCUCCCACAGGAACAGAAACGCCAUCAACAGCUACUACAACUGCUGUUCCACCAACACCUACAUCACCUGGAAUUACUACUGCUGUUACUGCUGAAACACCAUCUACAGAAUCUCCACCUCCCACAGGAACAGAAACACCAUCAACAGCUACAACAACUGCUGCUCCACCGACACCAACAGCACCUGAAAUUUCUACUACUGCUGUUACUGCUCAAACAACAUCUACAGAAUCUCCACCUCCCACAGGAACAGAAACGCCAUCAACAGCUACUACAACUGCUGUUCCACCAACACCUACAUCACCUGGAAUUACUACUGCUGUUACUGCUGAAACACCAUCUACAGAAUCUCCACCUCCCACAGGAACAGAAACACCAUCAACAGCUACAACAACUGCUGCUCCACCGACACCAACAGCACCUGAAAUUUCUACUACUGCUGUUACUGCUGAAACCCCAUCUACAGAAUCUCCACCUCCCACAGGAACAGAAACGCCAUCAACAGCUACUACAACUGCUGUUCCACCAACACCUACAUCACCUGGAAUUACUACUGCUGUUACUGCUGAAACACCAUCUACAGAAUCUCCACCUCCCACGGGAACAGAAACACCAUCAACAGCUACAACAACUGCUGCUCCACCGACACCAACAGCACCUGAAAUUUCUACUACUGCUGUUACUGCUCAAACACCAUCUACAGAAUCUCCACCUCCCACAGGAACAGAAACGCCAUCAACAGCUACUACAACUGCUGUUCCACCAACACCUACAUCACCUGGAAUUACUACUGCUGUUACUGCUGAAACACCAUCUACAGAAUCUCCACCUCCCACAGGAACAGAAACACCAUCAACAGCUACAACAACUGCUGCUCCACCCACACCAACAGCAGCUGAAAUUUCUACUACUGCUGUUACUGCUCAAACACGAUUGAUCGAAACAUCGCCUCCCACAGGAACAGAAACGCCAUCAACAGCUACUACAACUGCUGUUCCACCAACACCUACAUCACCUGGAAUUACUACUGCUGUUACUGCUGAAACACCAUCUACAGAAUCUCCACCUCCCACAGGAACAGAAACACCAUCAACAGCUACAACAACUGCUGCUCCACCGACACCAACAGCAGCUGAAAUUUCUACUACUGCUGUUACUGCUCAAACACCAUCUACAGAAUCUCCACCUCCCACAGGAACAGAAACGCCAACGACAGCUACUACAACUGCUGUUCCACCAACACCUACAUCACCUGGAAUUACUACUGCUGUAACUGCUGAAACACCAUCUACAGAAUCUCCACCUCCCACAGGAACAGAAACACCAUCAACAGCUACUACAACUGCUGCUCCACCGACACCAACAGCACCUGAAAUUUCUACUACUGCUGUUACUGCUCAAACACCAUCUACAGAAUCUCCACCUCCCACAGGAACAGAAACGCCAACAACAGCUACUACAACUGCUGUUCCACCAACACCUACAUCACCUGGAAUUACUACUGCUGUUACUGCUGAAACACCAUCUACAGAAUCUCCACCUCCCACAGGAACAGAAACACCAUCAACAGCUACAACAACUGCUGCUCCACCGACACCAACAGCACCUGAAAUUUCUACUACUGCUGUUACUGCUCAAACACCAUCUACAGAAUCUCCACCUCCCACAGGAACAGAAACGCCAUCAACAGCUACUACAACUGCUGUUCCACCAACACCUACAUCACCUGGAAUUACUACUGCUGUUACUGCUGAAACACCAUCUACAGAAUCUCCACCUCCCACAGGAACAGAAACACCAUCAACAGCUACAACAACUGCUGCUCCACCGACACCAACAGCACCUGAAAUUUCUACUACUGCUGUUACUGCUCAAACACCAUCUACAGAAUCUCCACCUCCCACAGGAACAGAAACACCAUCAACAGCUACUACAACUGCUGCUCCACCGACACCAACAGCACCUGAAAUUUCUACUACUGCUGUUACUGCUGAAACACCAUCUACAGAAUCUCCACCUCCCACAGGAGCAGAAACACCAUCAACAGCUACUACAACUGCUGCUCCACCGACACCAAGAGAACCUGAAAUUUCUACUACUGCUGUUACUGCUCAAACACCAUCUACAGAAUCUCCACCUCCCACAGGAACAGAAACGCCAUCAACAGCUACUACAACUGCUGUUCCACCAACACCUACAUCACCUGGAAUUACUACUGCUGUUACUGCUGAAACACCAUCUACAGAAUCUCCACCUCCCACAGGAACAGAAACACCAUCAACAGCUACAACAACUGCUGCUCCACCGACACCAACAGCAGCUGAAAUUUCUACUACUGCUGUUACUGCUCAAACACGAUUGAUCGAAACAUCGCCUCCCACAGGAACAGAAACGCCAUCAACAGCUACUACAACUGCUGUUCCACCAACACCUACAUCACCUGGAAUUACUACUGCUGUUACUGCUGAAACACCAUCUACAGAAUCUCCACCUCCCACAGGAACAGAAACACCAUCAACAGCUACAACAACUGCUGCUCCACCGACACCAACAGCAGCUGAAAUUUCUACUACUGCUGUUACUGCUCAAACACCAUCUACAGAAUCUCCACCUCCCACAGGAACAGAAACGCCAACGACAGCUACUACAACUGCUGUUCCACCAACACCUACAUCACCUGGAAUUACUACUGCUGUAACUGCUGAAACACCAUCUACAGAAUCUCCACCUCCCACAGGAACAGAAACACCAUCAACAGCUACUACAACUGCUGCUCCACCGACACCAACAGCACCUGAAAUUUCUACUACUGCUGUUACUGCUCAAACACCAUCUACAGAAUCUCCACCUCCCACAGGAACAGAAACGCCAACAACAGCUACUACAACUGCUGUUCCACCAACACCUACAUCACCUGGAAUUACUACUGCUGUUACUGCUGAAACACCAUCUACAGAAUCUCCACCUCCCACAGGAACAGAAACACCAUCAACAGCUACAACAACUGCUGCUCCACCGACACCAACAGCACCUGAAAUUUCUACUACUGCUGUUACUGCUCAAACACCAUCUACAGAAUCUCCACCUCCCACAGGAACAGAAACGCCAUCAACAGCUACUACAACUGCUGUUCCACCAACACCUACAUCACCUGGAAUUACUACUGCUGUUACUGCUGAAACACCAUCUACAGAAUCUCCACCUCCCACAGGAACAGAAACACCAUCAACAGCUACAACAACUGCUGCUCCACCGACACCAACAGCACCUGAAAUUUCUACUACUGCUGUUACUGCUCAAACACCAUCUACAGAAUCUCCACCUCCCACAGGAACAGAAACACCAUCAACAGCUACUACAACUGCUGCUCCACCGACACCAACAGCACCUGAAAUUUCUACUACUGCUGUUACUGCUGAAACACCAUCUACAGAAUCUCCACCUCCCACAGGAGCAGAAACACCAUCAACAGCUACUACAACUGCUGCUCCACCGACACCAAGAGAACCUGAAAUUUCUACUACUGCUGUUACUGCUCAAACACCAUCUACAGAAUCUCCACCUCCCACAGGAACAGAAACGCCAUCAACAGCUACUACAACUGCUGUUCCACCAACACCUACAUCACCUGGAAUUACUACUGCUGUUACUGCUGAAACACCAUCUACAGAAUCUCCACCUCCCACGGGAACAGAAACACCAUCAACAGCUACAACAACUGCUGCUCCACCGACACCAAGAGAACCUGAAAUUUCUACUACUGCUGUUACUGCUCAAACACCAUCUACAGAAUCUCCACCUCCCACAGGAACAGAAACGCCAUCAACAGCUACUACAACUGCUGUUCCACCAACACCUACAUCACCUGGAAUUACUACUGCUGUUACUGCUGAAACACCAUCUACAGAAUCUCCACCUCCCACGGGAACAGAAACACCAUCAACAGCUACAACAACUGCUGCUCCACCGACACCAAUAGCACCUGAAAUUUCUACUACUGCUGUUACUGCUCAAACACCAUCUACAGAAUCUCCACCUCCCACAGGAACAGAAACGCCAUCAACAGCUACUACAACUGCUGUUCCACCAACACCUACAUCACCUGGAAUUACUACUGCUGUUACUGCUGAAACACCAUCUACAGAAUCUCCAACUCCCACAGGAACAGAAACACCAUCAACAGCUACAACAACUGCUGCUCCACCGACACCAACAGCACCUGAAAUUUCUACUACUGCUGUUACUGCUCAAACACCAUCUACAGAAUCUCCACCUCCCACAGGAACAGAAACGCCAUCAACAGCUACUACAACUGCUGUUCCACCAACACCUACAUCACCUGGAAUUACUACUGCUGUUACUGCUGAAACACCAUCUACAGAAUCUCCACCUCCCACAGGAACAGAAACACCAUCAACAGCUACAACAACUGCUGCUCCACCGACACCAACAGCACCUGAAAUUUCUACUACUGCUGUUACUGCUGAAACCCCAUCUACAGAAUCUCCACCUCCCACAGGAACAGAAACGCCAUCAACAGCUACUACAACUGCUGUUCCACCAACACCUACAUCACCUGGAAUUACUACUGCUGUUACUGCUGAAACACCAUCUACAGAAACUCCACCUCCCACAGGAACAGAAACACCAUCAACAGCUACAACAACUGCUGCUCCACCGACACCAACAGCACCUGAAAUUUCUACUACUGCUGUUACUGCUCAAACACCAUCUACAGAAUCUCCACCUCCCACAGGAACAGAAACGCCAUCAACAGCUACUACAACUGCUGUUCCACCAACACCUACAUCACCUGGAAUUACUACUGCUGUUACUGCUGAAACACCAUCUACAGAAUCUCCACCUCCCACAGGAACAGAAACACCAUCAACAGCUACAACAACUGCUGCUCCACCGACACCAACAGCACCUGAAAUUUCUACUACUGCUGUUACUGCUCAAACACCAUCUACAGAAUCUCCACCUCCCACAGGAACAGAAACACCAUCAACAGCUACUACAACUGCUGCUCCACCGACACCAACAGCACCUGAAAUUUCUACUACUGCUGUUACUGCUGAAACACCAUCUACAGAAUCUCCACCUCCCACAGGAGCAGAAACACCAUCAACAGCUACUACAACUGCUGCUCCACCGACACCAAGAGAACCUGAAAUUUCUACUACUGCUGUUACUGCUCAAACACCAUCUACAGAAUCUCCACCUCCCACAGGAACAGAAACGCCAUCAACAGCUACUACAACUGCUGUUCCACCAACACCUACAUCACCUGGAAUUACUACUGCUGUUACUGCUGAAACACCAUCUACAGAAUCUCCACCUCCCACGGGAACAGAAACACCAUCAACAGCUACAACAACUGCUGCUCCACCGACACCAAGAGAACCUGAAAUUUCUACUACUGCUGUUACUGCUCAAACACCAUCUACAGAAUCUCCACCUCCCACAGGAACAGAAACGCCAUCAACAGCUACUACAACUGCUGUUCCACCAACACCUACAUCACCUGGAAUUACUACUGCUGUUACUGCUGAAACACCAUCUACAGAAUCUCCACCUCCCACAGGAACAGAAACCCCAUCAACAGCUACAACAACUGCUGCUCCACCGACACCAAUAGCACCUGAAAUUUCUACUACUGCUGUUACUGCUCAAACACCAUCUACAGAAUCUCCACCUCCCACAGGAACAGAAACGCCAUCAACAGCUACUACAACUGCUGUUCCACCAACACCUACAUCACCUGGAAUUACUACUGCUGUUACUGCUGAAACACCAUCUACAGAAUCUCCACCUCCCACAGGAACAGAAACACCAUCAACAGCUACAACAACUGCUGCUCCACCGACACCAACAGCACCUGAAAUUUCUACUACUGCUGUUACUGCUCAAACACCAUCUACAGAAUCUCCACCUCCCACAGGAACAGAAACGCCAUCAACAGCUACUACAACUGCUGUUCCAUCAACACCUACAUCACCUGGAAUUACUACUGCUGUUACUGCUGAAACACCAUCUACAGAAUCUCCACCUCCCACAGGAACAGAAACGCCAUCAACAGCUACAACAACUGCUGCUCCACCAACACCAACAGCACCUGAACUUUCUACUACUGCUGUUACUGCUCAAACACCAUCUACAGAAUCUCCACCUCCCACAGGAACAGAAACGCCAUCAACAGCUACUUCAACUGCUGUUCCACCAACACCUACAUCACCUGGAAUUACUACUGCUGUUACUGCUGAAACACCAUCUACAGAAUCUCCACCUCCCACAGGAACAGAAACACCAUCAACAGCUACAACAACUGCUGCUCCACCGACACCAACAGCACCUGAAAUUUCUACUACUGCUGUUACUGCUCAAACACCAUCUACAGAAUCUCCACCUCCCACAGGAACAGAAACGCCAUCAACAGCUACUACAACUGCUGUUCCACCAACCCCUACAUCACCUGGAAUUACUACUGCUGUUACUGCUGAAACACCAUCUACAGAAUCUCCACCUCCCACAGGAACAGAAACACCAUCAACAGCUACAACAACUGCUGCUCCACCGACACCAACAGCACCUGAAAUUUCUACUACUGCUGUUACUGCUCAAACACCAUCUACAGAAUCUCCACCUCCCACAAGAACAGAAACGCCAUCAACAGCUACUACAACUGCUGUUCCACCAACACCUACAUCACCUGGAAUUACUACUGCUAUUACUGCUGAAACACCAUCUACAGAAUCUCCACCUCCCACAGGAACAGAAACACCAUCAACAGCUACAACAACUGCUGCUCCACCGACACCAACAGCACCUGAAAUUUCUACUACUGCUGUUACUGCUCAAACACGAUUGAUCGAAACAUCACCUCCCACAGGAACAGAAACGCCAUCAACAGCUACUACAACUGCUGUUCCACCAACACCUACAUCACCUGGAAUUACUACUGCUGUUACUGCUGAAACACCAUCUACAGAAUCUCCACCUCCCACAGGAGCAGAAACACCAUCAACAGCUACUACAACUGCUGCUCCACCGACACCAACAGAACCUGAAAUUUCUACUACUGCUGUUACUGCUCAAACACCAUCUACAGAAUCUCCACCUCCCACAGGAACAGAAACGCCAUCAACAGCUACUUCAACUGCUGUUCCACCAACACCUACAUCACCUGGAAUUACUACUGCUGUUACUGCUGAAACACCAUCUACAGAAUCUCCACCUCCCACGGGAACAGAAACACCAUCAACAGCUACAACAACUGCUGCUCCACCGACACCAACAGCACCUGAACUUUCUACUACUGCUGUUACUGCUGAAACACCAUCUACAGAAUCUCCACCUCCCACAGGAACAGAAACGCCAUCAACAGCUACUACAACUGCUGUUCCAUCAACACCUACAUCACCUGGAAUUACUACUGCUGUUACUGCUGAAACACCAUCUACAGAAUCUCCACCUCCCACAGGAACAGAAACGCCAUCAACAGCUACAACAACUGCUGCUCCACCGACACCAACAGCACCUGAACUUUCUACUACUGCUGUUACUGCUCAAACACCAUCUACAGAAUCUCCACCUCCCACAGGAACAGAAACGCCAUCAACAGCUACUUCAACUGCUGUUCCACCAACACCUACAUCACCUGGAAUUACUACUGCUGUUACUGCUGAAACACCAUCUACAGAAUCUCCACCUCCCACAGGAACAGAAACACCAUCAACAGCUACAACAACUGCUGCUCCACCGACACCAACAGCACCUGAAAUUUCUACUACUGCUGUUACUGCUCAAACACCAUCUACAGAAUCUCCACCUCCCACAGGAACAGAAACGCCAUCAACAGCUACUACAACUGCUGUUCCACCAACCCCUACAUCACCUGGAAUUACUACUGCUGUUACUGCUGAAACACCAUCUACAGAAUUUCCACCUCCCACAGGAACAGAAACACCAUCAACAGCUACAACAACUGCUGCUCCACCGACACCAACAGCACCUGAAAUUUCUACUACUGCUGUUACUGCUCAAACACCAUCUACAGAAUCUCCACCUCCCACAAGAACAGAAACGCCAUCAACAGCUACUACAACUGCUGUUCCACCAACACCUACAUCACCUGGAAUUACUACUGCUGUUACUGCUGAAACACCAUCUACAGAAUCUCCACCUCCCACAGGAACAGAAACACCAUCAACAGCUACAACAACUGCUGCUCCACCGACACCAACAGCACCUGAAAUUUCUACUACUGCUGUUACUGCUCAAACACGAUUGAUCGAAACACCACCUCCCACAGGAACAGAAACGCCAUCAACAGCUACUACAACUGCUGUUCCACCAACACCUACAGCACCUGGAAUUACUACUGCUGUUACUGCUGAAACACCAUCUACAGAAUCUCCACCUCCCACAGGAGCAGAAACACCAUCAACAGCUACUACAACUGCUGCUCCACCGACACCAACAGAACCUGAAAUUUCUACUACUGCUGUUACUGCUCAAACACCAUCUACAGAAUCUCCACCUCCCACAGGAACAGAAACGCCAUCAACAGCUACUACAACUGCUGUUCCACCAACACCUACAUCACCUGGAAUUACUACUGCUGUUACUGCUGAAACACCAUCUACAGAAUCUCCACCUCCCACGGGAACAGAAACACCAUCAACAGCUACAACAACUGCUGCUCCACCGACACCAACAGCACCUGAAAUUUCUACUACUGCUGUUACUGCUCAAACACCAUCUACAGAAUCUCCACCUCCCACAGGAACAGAAACGCCAUCAACAGCUACUUCAACUGCUGUUCCACCAACACCUACAUCACCUGGAAUUACUACUGCUGUUACUGCUGAAACACCAUCUACAGAAUCUCCACCUCCCACAGGAACAGAAACACCAUCAACAGCUACAACAACUGCUGCUCCACCGACACCAACAGCACCUGAACUUUCUACUACUGCUGUUACUGCUCAAACACCAUCUACAGAAUCUCCACCUCCAACAGGAACAGAAACGCCAUCAACAGCUACUACAACUGCUGUUCCACCAACACCUACAUCACCUGGAAUUACUACUGCUGUUACUGCUGAAACACCAUCUACAGAAUCUCCACCACCCACAGGAACAGAAACGCCAUCAACAGCUACUACAACUGCUGUUUCACCAACACCUACAUCACCUGGAAUUACUACUGCUGUUACUGCUGAAACACCAUCUACAGAAUCUCCACCUCCCACAGGAACAGAAACACCAUCAACUGCUACAACAACUGCUGCUCCACCGACACCAACAGCACCUGAAAUUUCUACUACUGCUGUUACUGCUCAAACACCAUCUACAGAAUCUCCACCUCCCACAGGAACAGAAACGCCACCAACUACAACAUUUGUUACAUCAACUCUUUUUACAACAGUACCUCCAGUGACACAAGCACCAUCAACAAUGUUCAUGGUGCAUACAGAAUCAACAAUUGAAAUGACACAUACCACAGCACCUCAAAUUAUCAUCACAACGAGCUGUCAUUGCACAUAUGCAAAUCAAACAUUCCCACCUGAGUCUGUGAUCUACAACAAAACUGAUAAAGCGGGCUGGUGCUACUUUGCUUACUGCAACUCCAGUUGUGUUAGUGAAAUAACACAGAAACCAUGUCCUCAGACUACUACGGUUCCAGUUUCAACUGUUCCACAUGACUGUACAGAUGUCAACAGAAAGAAUGGAGAGUCAUGGAAUGAAGGAUGUACCACUAAAAACUGCAUGAAUGGGGAUGUCACCACAAGCCCUGUACAGUGUGAUCCAGCUGAUUCUGUUAUACCUACAUGUGUCAAUGGACUUAAACCUGAGAAGGUUUAUUAUAACAAUGGCUGCUGCACUAAGUAUGAGUGUCCAUGUCGAUGCAGUGGCUGGGGUGACCCUCAUUACAAUACUUUUGAUGGAACAUAUUAUGUUUUCCAAGGAAACUGCGACUAUGUGUUGGUCCGAGAAAUCAUUCCAAAAUACAAUAUCAGUGUCCAUGUUAAAAACUAUUAUUGCGACGUUACAAAUAAUUUUGCUUGCCCAGAGUAUGUGAUUGUGAAGUACAAAUCCUAUGAAAUCAAGCUAGCAAGUAACAGUAAAGUAAUGCAGGUCUAUGUCAAUGAUGUCAUAAAGGUCCCAACAUUCUUUAAUGAAGACUUCAGAAUUACCACCUCGGGCAUGGCAGUUAUUCUAAACAUCAAUGAGAUCAAAGCUGAAAUUAUAGUCAGUCAUCAAGGUUUUGAGAUCAAUCUCCCGUUCUCCUACUUCCAUGGUAAUACAGAGGGACAGUGCGGGGUUUGUGACAACGAUGCCACAAAUGACUGCAGACGUCCCGAUGGAACAACUGACCAAUCUUGUGAGCAAAUGGCAGCCCUGUGGGCGGACUCACCAGGAUGUGAAACCCCUCCACCACAUCCAAGCGAACCCACUCCUGCUUGCACAGCACAAAGCUGUGAGGUCAUCAAGAGCGAUUUGUUCAAGAGCUGUCAUGACAUCAUUCCCUAUCAAAAAUACUACGAGGCAUGUAAAUAUGAUGUGUGCUACAAGAAAAAUGACUCCAUGGCCUGUGCCAGUGUGGAGGCCUAUGCACAGCAAUGUGGCCAGAAGUCUAUCUGUGUGGACUGGAGAAACUCAGCCGACCUCAACGGGCUAUGCGCAUACAAAUGUGCCGAUCAAAAAGUCUACAAGGCAUGUGGGCCAAAAGUGGAAAAAACCUGCAGUACAAGAUACAAUGAGAUGUUUGUGGGAAUCCCUGGCGAAAAUGAUCAUCAAACAUUCAUGGAAGGUUGUUUCUGUCCCGACAACACAUAUCUAGUUAGUUCAACAACAGAUAAAUGUACACCUACUUGCGAUUGCAUCGGCCCUGAUGGAUUACCAAGACAGCCUGGAGAUACAUGGAUGGUUAACUGUACAACAUACAAGUGCUCCAGUGAGAGCUUUGGUGUUGUCCAAGAGCCUAUGAACUGUCCGACCAUAACGCCCUGUGGCCACAAUUACAAAAGCGUGAUUGAAAACUGCUGUCCAACCUGCGUGUGUGAUACCAGCCUGUGUUCUAUGAAAUGUGAUGUGGGAUAUGAGUUAUCAGCAGAUAUACCUGAGAACAGUUGCUGUCCAACCUGUGUGCCCAAAGACGUCUGUGUACACAAUAACUCUGAGUACCAGCCUGGAGUUAAAAUCCCUACGGAGCCUUGUUUGGAAUGUUACUGUCAAAUGGAUAAAGACCCACAGACUCAACUACUUGCUGUGAAAUGUGUUAAGAAAGUCUGUACACCUUGUGCUGAGGGCUUUGAGCGUGUGGAACAAGAAGGAGAGUGCUGCGGAGUAUGCAAGCAAAAAGCCUGCAUAUAUACUGCACCGGACAACACCACACAUACUCUACAAGUUGGAGAAGUGCAAAGUUACAAAUGCGAGAAUGUUACCUGCAGUGAAAUUAAUGGCAUGUUUGUAACGGAGAAGAACACACCAAAAUGCCCUUACUUUAAUCCAGAUGACUGUGAGGCUGGAACUGAGAGAUAUGAUGCAGAUGGGUGUUGCAAGAUCUGUGAGCCCAAGACCUGCAUUGUUCUGAAGAACACCACCCAUGUGGAGGUAGAUGACUGCAAGUCCAUCAACCCCAUAGAAGUGACGUCCUGCAGUGGUCACUGUGGUACCCAAUCAAUGUAUUCAAUGGAAGAGAACAUCAUGAUGCACAGCUGUUCUUGUUGCCGAGAAGAGAAAUUCAGCCGUCGACCGGUGGCGCUGAAGUGUGCCAAUAGCAGCGAGAUCCUUCAUGACUACGUUUACAUUGAGAGCUGCACAUGCACUCCUACCAAAUGUGUGGACUAGAAGACCUGAAGACUGGAUAAAAGAUGCUGAUCCUAAUCAAACCUUUUCCUUUGAUU